CGCAUAUACGGGCUCCCGAAAACACACAAAGGAAACCGACCACUUCGCCCAGUGGUCUCAACCGUAGGCUCUGCUCCAUACCGCUUGGCCCAAUUCCUCGCCAACAUCCUCCAAAAGGUGGUAGGGAAAACCGAAUACCAUGUUCGUAGCAGCUUCGACUUUGCAGAAGAGAUCAGCAAAAUUCAGAUCCCGGAGGGUUGCGUCUUAUUUUCUCUCGACGUCGUGUCGCUCUACACGAACAUCCCAGUACAAGACACAUACGAACUAAUCAAACGAAAAUGGGGAGAAAUAAGUCGCCACACAAACAUCCCGUGGCUCGACUUCUUGCGCGCACUCCAAAUCGUGCUGGACGCAUCUUUUUUCCAGUACAAUGGAAAGAUACAUGACUCUCACCAGAAAAAACAACAAAAUAAACAAGCAUUGGUUCACAAAACAAACGAACGGACGAUACCUAGAUUUCUCAUCCGCCAGUCCCCAUGCGCACAAAAUGAACACAGCGAUUGCUUUAAUUGAUCGCGCACUAAAACUGACUGACGUAGAAGAAAGGGUAAAAAGCAUCCAGAAUGUCAAAGGAAUCCUUCUUUCCAAUAACUAUCCAGACAGUUUUAUAAACCACAUUUUAAAAACAAGAACAGAUGCAAUUUAUAACUCGCUACAAUACGAAAACCGAGACACUCAAAUGGGUAGAUAUGCUUCCUUAACAUACAUCCCCCAUUUGAGUGAAAAAGUGAGCAAAAUACUACGAAAACACGACAUCAUUGCUUCAUCAAAACCCGUGAACAAGAUCAAAAAUUGCAUCUUCUCCAAGCUCAAAGAUGAAAUCCCAAAAAUGAAGCAAACACAAGUGGUUUACGAAAUCCCGUGCGAAUGCGGCCGUGUAUAUUGUGGACAAACCUCCCAAACUAUUGAAAAACGCAUCAAAAACCACAAAUAUAGUUUUAAACCGAAUGCCUCCACAACCGGCCUAACACAACAUGCGGUGGAAAACCAUCACACGUUCAACUACAACGAUGUCAGGAUUCUGGAAAAAAUGAGCGAUGACAACAAGAGGAAAACUGCGGAAACUCUGCAUAUAAAAUUGAGAGGAGAGAAGGCAGUCAACAUACAGAGAGACGCAAUAGAAAUUUCCUCGAUAUACAACGCGCUAAUCAAGAAGCUGAGAGAGACACCACAAUUUAAAAGAGCGAACAAACCCAAAACGCAACCGACGACGAACCAAUCAGGAACGCACUCGAUGACAUCAUCACUGGACGACGGCUGACCAGGAGCAAUUAGCUGACGUCGAUUUUAAAAAUCGUGAGACGGCCG